GUUUCCCUGAGUCCCCGCGACCUGCGAAAGGACCCUCUGGACUUGGACACCAUGAUGCAGCGGGCUUUGUUCAGCAGGAGCGCGCUGCUCGCUCAGCAGGCUGCGGCGGCUCUCGACGGCGCGCUGCUCGGGAGGAGUGCGUCUGCGCUGCAGCGCGUGGAGCGUUCCAUGUCCUCGGUCACCAUCCCGCCGCCAGCGGGCAUUCUCCGGCCACUUGAAGUCCCCAUGCGUUAUCUGUUCGGACCGGGACCCUCGAACGUUCCUCCACGAGUUUUGGCCUCAGGUUCCAGGCCAAUCAUUGGUCACCUGCAUCCAGAAAUGUAUCAGAUCAUGAACGACAUCAAAAAGGGGAUCCAGUACGCCUUCCAGACAGAAAAUAACAUGACCAUAGCGAUGAGCGGCUCCGGCCACGCAGCCAUGGAGUGCGCGGUGUUCAACGUGGUGGAGCCCGGAGAGAGCGUCCUGGUGGCGAUCAACGGCAUCUGGGGAGAGAGAGUGGCGGAAAUUGCAGAACGGAUGGGUGCAAAUGUACACACAAUAGUGAAAACGCCUGGAGGAUAUUAUACCAAUGAAGAAAUUGAGCAGGCCAUCCAGAAACACAAGCCUGUUUUGUUUUUCCUCACACAUGGAGAGUCCUCCGCUGGUCUCUGUCACCCAGUAGAUGGCAUUGGAGACAUCUGUAGAAAACAUAACUGUCUCUUCCUGGUCGACACAGUCGCAUCACUUGGAGCAGCACCGAUUUUUAUGGACAAACAAAAAAUUGACAUCCUGUACACUGGUUCUCAGAAGGCACUGAACGCACCUCCUGGCACUGCACCCAUCUCUUUUAAUGACAGAGCAUGCCACAAGAUGUUCAACAGAAAAACAAAACCAGUGUCUUACCUCUUUGAUAUGACACAUCUGUCCAACUACUGGGGAUGUGAUGGAAACGCAGCCAGAGCAUAUCAUCAUACCGGGCCGGUGUCUGGAUUCUUCGCCCUGAGGGAAAGUUUAGCGAUACUUGCUGAAAAGGGUUUGGAAGAGUCUUGGAGGAAACACAAAGAGGUGGCGGCCUACCUCUACAAAGGGCUGGAGGAUCUCGGUCUCAAGCUCUUCAUCCCUGAUAGGGAUAUGAGGCUUCCUUCCGUUACCACAAUAGCAAUCCCUCAAGGUUACGACUGGAGGGAGAUGCUGAGCUACAUAAUGAAGCACCACCAGAUGGAAAUGACAGGAGGACUGGGGCCUUCCAUCGGCAUGGUGAUGAGGAUCGGAUUAAUGGGAUACAACUGUGAAAAGAGUAACGCUGACAAAGCACUUCAUGCCCUGGCAGAUGCUCUGAAGAACUGCAAAAAGAGCAAGGCUUAAGAGCUCACAUCCCCAGAGAGCUGACUGUCAGUCCAUCCAUCUAUGAAACAAUAAGCGUCUCCUCGUGGAAGACAAAUGAAACAAUGUAAAAAAAUGGUAAUUAUUUUGUGGUUUUCUCCACAAGGAUUUUAGAGUAGCCCUAUUGUAUAAAUUGGUUAAAUAGUUUAGUUUUGAAAAAUAAAAAUGUUGAUAUUGUCAUAUGACUCAUGCUGAGUGCACUUACAAUGUCAAUAAAGCCAUUAUUUUAUCAAA